GUCAAAAUUGCCUGUUAAGUCACUGUGUAAAUCUAUAAUAUAAAUAGUAUGUACCUUCGUGCAAAAUUCAUUGUGAAAUUUUAUGGAUUUACGCAAUUCUUCAUUUUGCUCUACUCAGCCAGUUCAUCAGUUCAAUUGACUGGGGAACAUGUAUGUGGAAGUACAGGGAAUGUAACGUAUUGUUGUAAAAACUAUGAAGAAAGAAAUAAUAUGUGUGUCGAGUGCAGAUCUGGAUUAUGGGGAGAUAAUUGCAGCUUGACAUGUCCAAAAAAUCAUUAUGGUCCGCGAUGUAAAUUUGAAUGCGAGUGUGACAAAUCUGAGUAUUGUCAUCGUGUAUGUGGCUGUGUGUCAAAUUUGACCAAGGCUUUUGACGACACACAGAAGAUUGACAAUGUCAUCAGCAUGCAUGACAUUAAAUAUACAGAUAUUACACAGACCUUUUUGAUGGAAGUAUGUUUAUCUUCAACAAUAAAAUCCAUUGAAUCAACUGUCAACGACGUUGGAAAAAGCACUGGUAGUAUAACUUAAUAUUCUAUGUAAAGCAAAAAAUUAGAAACAAAUUAAUGUUAUUUUCAAGAAACAUAAUUUGGCUACAUCUUAUAUUGAUGUUCAAUA